ACACAAGCUCAAUCACAGAAUACAAGCAGUUCCUGCUGUCCGAGUAUGCCUACAUCACAGAAUACACCUCCCGUGCCAGUGAACAGGUACUGCUUAAUGACCACUACAUUGACCCGUUGAUUGUUCAGAAACGCAGAGAAAAGAAAGAGCGAGAAAAUGAAAUGUGCUCUAGAGGGAAAAGAUUCUUCAACACCAGAGAGCCUAACCAAAGAAACAAAAACAUCAUGGUUGAUCAGCUUUUUGGCCCAAAGAAUGGCUCCAAAAAAGUGAAAAAGUUUAAAGAGCUCAACGGUCUUUCUGGUGAGAUGAGCCUGGUGGAUCUCUUGGAAUGUAGUUUAACUCCAGAUGAGAUUGUUCAGAUCUUAAAAGACAUACCACAGAUGAUCUUGUUCAUCAUUGAUGGUUUUGAUGAACUCAUGCUUUCUGUAACCAAAGAGUCAUUGCCUCCGAAACCAGACAUCAAAUCCCAUCCACUGGCCAUCGUUUGCUCUCUUCUGAAAGGUCGUAUGAUGAGAGAGUCCUUCCUUCUGGUUACUACGAGAUCCUCUGCUGUAGACAAACUGGAGAACAUUCUGAAAAAGCCACAGUGCUUUGUGGAGAUCAUGGGAUUUUCGGAGAAAGGAGUGAGUGAAUAUUUCCGAAAAUUCUUUGAGGACGAAGAGUUUUCAAGUCAAGUGUAUGAGCAGGCGAAGAUACACAAAAUGCUCUACACCGCUUGCUUCAUCCCUGUCAUCUGCUGGAUUAUCUGCACAAUUUUCAAGAAAAAAGGAAAGGACGGAGUUGUAACAGGCGAGCUGACGACAACCACGUCCAUAUUUGUUGAUUUUGUUUUCACACUCUUAAAGCAUCACAGUAGUUUGAAUCAGCAUGAAGAGCUUGACCUCCUCAAGAACCUGGGUCAGAUAGCGGAGAGUGGAACGCCGAAACAUCAAGUGCUGUUUUCUAGAAACGAUCUUCCAAAGGCAAUCUCAGAUUUACCAAACAUUCCCUUCCUAUGCACGUUUCGCCAACAAGAGAGAACUUAUCUGAAGGAGAUGUUUGGGUUCUUGCACCUCAGCUUUCAGGAGUUCUUCACUGCUCUCUUCUACAUGUUAACAGACAAGGCAGGGACGAAAAUAAAAGUCAAGGAGCUACUGGAAUCAGCAGGCAAUGAGCAUCUCUUACCUGUCAUCCAAUUCCUUUUUGGUCUCGAACAAGAAAGUGAGCCGUUUAAUCCCAGGAGAACAUCCAAAGUUGACAACAACCAUGUGCUCAGCUGGAGAAAUGGAUUAGCAAGGUUAUAG